AUGUCGCUGUUAGGUGACUACGACAAGGUGAAGGCGGUGUCUGAAGGCUCCGACUGUCGGUGCAAAUGCCUGGUCAGACCCCUGGGCCGCGGCGCCUGCCAAAGGAUUAACGAAGGCGCUUUCAAAGCGGAGGAUUUUUACACUGUGGAAACCAUCACGUCAGGACCCAGCUGCAAGUGUGCGUGUGUGGCCCCCCCCUCGGCGCUCAAUCCGUGCGAGGGGGACUUCAGGCUGAAGAAGCUGCGGGAGGCAGAGAGCAGCGACCUGAAGCUGUCCUCCAUCGUCGAGAUGCUGGAAAGUGCCUUUUAUGGCUUGGACCUUCUGAAGCUGCACUCGGUCACAACCAAGCUGGUGGGUCGGGUGGAAAAGCUGGAGGAGGGCAUGUCCAGGAACUUCACGCAGGAAGGCCACCGCGCAGGAGCCAACGUGGAGGAGGGUCCGCAGGAUCCCCACCGCAGGGACAGGGAGAACUGCUCCAGCCUCAUCACCAACAACCUUGCUGACAUUGAGAGCUCGCUGCAGCGGGAUGCCGAGGCUGCCUACACGCACGCAGAGGGGAAAUAUGAAGAAAGAUUCCUGAAAGAUGAAACCAUCUCCCAGCAGAUCAACUCUGUUGAGUCCCUCCCAGAGCUGCACCUCUCCCCGGAGGAUGAGAAGCCCAAGCAGCUCUUGCAGAGGAAGCUGCGCGUAAGGAGCCGGCCUCCUUCCAAGCCCACCAUCGUCCGAGGGGUCACCUACUACAAAGCCCAGUCCACCGAGUCGGAGAACGACAUCGAGGAGCAACCGGACGAGCUGUUCAGUGGGGACAACACAGUGGACCUACUGAUCGAGGACCAGCUCUUGAGGCCCAGGCUUGUGGAGGAGGGAACCCCACAGCUACCAGCAGCCUUGGCCAGCACAGUGGUGGCCACAGCCACAGAGACCCUGCCUGCAGCCACCAGCCUCGUCCCUGACCCUGUUGUGGCCAGCCCUGCUGGGACCUUGAGUGAUGUGGGGAUGAGCCUUGUCACCGAGAGCAGCCCAGGAACCUGGGGACAGGCGAGCACCCCGGCAACACUGGUCAGCCCCACCAUCCCCGCCACACCAAAGCAGGCCCUGGAGGAGGAGGACAUCAGGAACAUCAUCGGGCGCUGCAAGGACACGCUGUCCACCAUCUCGGGGCCCACCACCCAGAACACGUAUGGGCGCAAUGAAGGGGCCUGGAUGAAGGACCCCCUGGCCCGGGAGGAGCGCAUCUAUGUCACCAACUACUACUACGGGAACACGCUGGUGGAGUUCAGGAACCUUGACAACUUCAAGCAAGGGCGCUGGAGCAACUCCUACAAACUCCCAUACAGCUGGAUUGGGACAGGGCACGUUGUCUACAAUGGUUCCUUCUACUACAACCGGGCCUUCACACGCAACAUCAUCAAAUAUGACCUGAAGCAGCGGUACGUGGCCGCCUGGGCCAUGCUGCAUGAUGUGGCUUACGAGGAGUCCACCCCGUGGAGGUGGCGGGGCCACUCGGACGUGGACUUUGCCGUGGAUGAGAACGGCCUGUGGGUCAUCUACCCAGCCAUCAACUACGAGGGCUUCAACCAGGAGGUGAUCGUGCUGAGCAAGCUCAAUGCAGCCGACCUCAGCACCCAGAAGGAGACAACGUGGCGGACGGGGCUGCGGAAGAACUUCUACGGGAACUGCUUUGUCAUCUGCGGGGUCCUGUAUGCGGUCGACAGCUACAACAAGAGGAACGCCAACAUCUCCUACGCCUUUGACACGCACACCAACACACAGAUCAUCCCCCGGCUGCUCUUUGAGAACGAGUACGCCUACACCACGCAGAUAGACUAUAACCCCAAGGACCGCCUGCUCUAUGCCUGGGACAAUGGGCACCAAGUCACCUACCACGUCAUCUUUGCCUACUGAGACCCCCUGCCACAGUGGGGCACUGCGAGCCAGGGGCCACCAGCACCUUUUUGUUAUUAUUUUUAUUGUUAUUGUUAUUUUGUACAAAUCAAAGAGUAAAUGAUGGGUUUUUAAGGGGGGGUUUUUUUUUUGUUUUUUUUUUUUUUUAUGGUGGAUUGUAGAUCGAUCCCCAGGCCAGAACCACCCCCUUCGUCUUUGCUGUAACCUUGCUUCUGU